CUAGUCCCAUACAUAAGUGCGUGGUGUGUAUAUGUUCUCUGUUGCGGUCGUCGGCAAUUUUUCUUUCGUACUAUCGUCUGUUGGACGGAUAAAUUAUGCGAAAUUACGUGGAUAAUUGGUGUUAAAAUCAAUUUAAUGAAUAGCCAAAAUAUUAUCGACCCAAUUUGUGAUUGUAUCAGCGCUAUAUUCGAAUUUAAACUCAAAUGAUACACAGCAGUUACACCUACACCUGUCAAAAGGUGCUCCACAAUUUGACAUGAUUUUUUUAUCCGAAUCAAAAUAAUUAUUUUUGCUUCCGCUUCAAUUCAGGAGAAAUUAGAAAAUUUUAUUCAAAGCUUCGUUAUUGUACACGACAAUUAAAGUGAAGAGUUUGAGAUAAAGUUUGUGUCGAAAUUUUUUUUUUUUUGCUUUAAAUUCUUUCGCAAAAUAAACAAAAGCCUAAAAUGAUGGAAUCAACAGACCGUUCAAAUUACCGACGAGCCAAUGUCGAUUGGGACAGGUACGGCCUAGGCAAUGAAGAUACGCAUCAAUACAGUCGAACCAGACCCCGAGGCAAUUCCGGCGGUUUUGUCGAUUUGGGAAAUGAAUAUCAGUAUGGUGCUGGUGGCCAUCAGGCGUCUGGAGCUAACGAAAUAUUUGCCGAAGAUCAAGGCGAGAAGCCGUGGUGGCGAACCAAUUUCUUUAUAUCGCAACGGGUGCUGUUUGGUACAUGGGAUGGUGUCUUUACAUCGUGUCUGAUCAACAUAUUCGGUGUCAUUGUGUUCUUGAGAUCGGGUUGGAUUGUCGCCCAAGCCGGUGUGGUCAAUGCGGUGCUUAUUGUUUUUGCAACGGUCAGCAUUGCCUUGGUGUCAGUUCUCUCAGCUGUUGGCAUUUGUGAACGAUGUCGGGUCGAAAGUGGUGGAGUUUACUUCCUAAUUGCCCAUACUCUGGGCUCCCGUUUCGGUGGAUCACUCGGACUGUUAUACUGUUUCGGGCAAGCAGUCGGAUGCGCACUGAAUGUUUUAGGUUUUGGCGAGUCAAUGGCUGGAUUGGUGGGACUCCAAGAUAAUACGUGGGCGAUUCGAGGCUUUGCAGCCGGAGCUGUGCUGUUACUUAGUGUAAUCAAUAUAGCCGGCGUUAAAUGGGUGAUCAAACUGCAAUUCGUUUUGUUGGUCGUCCUAUUACUGUCGGCCUUGGAUUUCAUGGUUGGAAGUUUCGUUGGCUACGAUCCGGAGAAUGGUUUUGACGGUUGGAUGAGUGACAACAUGGCGAAAAAUCUGUGGCCAGACUACCAGAAUGGUUACACGUGGUUCCGAGUAUUCGGAGUUUUCUUUCCCACCGUAACAGGCGUGUUGUCCGGCAUAAAUAUGAGCGGUGAUCUACGGGCUCCAUCAACAGAUAUUCCGAACGGAACUCUGGCGGCAUUUAGUACAUCAACGUUUUUGUAUUUGGUGUUCAUUCUGUUUCUCGGAGCGACGUGCAGACGUCCACACCUGUUCAGUGAUUUUAUGAUAACUGCCAGGGUUUCUGCUGUGGAGUUCCUUCUGUUGGCUGGUAUCUACGUCUCAAGUAUGUCAUCAUGUCUGGGCGCAAUGUACGGAACACCGAGAGUGUUGCAGAGUAUCGCAUUGGAGAAUGUUAUUCCAGGAAUCGGUGUGUUAGGGAAAGGACGAGGUCCGAACAAAGUUCCCCUGUACUCAAUGGUUGUUGUGGCCACAGUCACAAUCACCUUCAUAAUUGUCGGUGACAUCAACACCUUGGCCCCAAUCGUAACGAUGCCAUUUCUAUUGACGUAUGCGUGCAUCGAUUACUCCUACUUCGCAUUGGCUCAAACAUUCGAUAUUCAAAACAAAAGGGAAGAACGAUUCCGCAUACAGGCUCAAAGUCCGUCGUACGAGUCGCGUCGAUAUGGUUCGACCAACGACCAAGACAGUGAUUUGGAUCAUCUGUUCCCCGACCGUACCCGUCACAAAAGUCUUUCGGCUCCGUUACAUUCCAACACACCACAGCCUUUAACAAACAAUCUUCCCACUUCCGACACCAAUAAUUCAAUUGACAGCACCGAUCCGGAUCGUGUUAUAUUCCGUGGCGGAGCCACAACAAACAGUACGAAUGUGACUGAUAAUGGAAUCGGUGCCGGCGACAAUAAUGAUCAAACAAAUGCUGCCGAGGACGAACCGAUCGCUCCCAUUCGGCCGCCAAUUCAUUCGAAAACGAAGAACUGGUAUUCGAGCUAUUGCAAUCGAUGGGCGUCGCUGAUAGGGGCGGUUCUCAAGAUCCUCAUUAUGUUCCUGGUCAAUUGGUACUACUCUAUCUCCUGUCUAGCUGUCGUCUUCAUCGUAUGGUUCUACGUAGGCACGGCAAAUCCGGCUGUGAAACCAGGACUGGCAGCCGAAUUCCGAUUAUUCGUUUGGGUCAAAGGAGUGAUAUUCCGAUGUUUCGGAAAACGUGUUCAUGAAUACGAACAAAUUGUUGUAACGCCAUCGUGUCCCGGCGUUGACGUGCAAUCGGCUCAACUGAACGAUGAGAAUGAGGAUUUUUCGUCCAGGCGACGAUACCAUCAGUCAUCAUACGUCCAGGGUCGGUACGUCGACGAUGUUUAAUAUUACCAAAAGUAAAAGUGUCCUGUCCCUCAACCUCUUAAUAUGUACCGUGAUUGAUUAAAAUUUAAUUAAUUUAUUUAACUGAUUCUAUUUGGAGAAGAAGAAGAAGAAGCUAACUUAUUUGUUUUAAGAAGAGAGAGAGAGAAAGAGAAGCGUGUCUUCUUUGCCUGUGUACGUACAGUUGACCUAAGUCGUUUUUUAAUGAAAAUUUUAUUUUUUAAACUGUGAAAAUUGUGGUAUUGUUUUCGUCGACAACACUUCUUGUAGAGUCACUGGCUCAGAGGUCCAGUAUGUACAUGUCAUCUUGUAAAAAUGAUAAUAAGAUUAAGGCUUUUAUAUGUUUUUAAUAAAAAAGAAAUCUUUAUAAUAA